CAUUGGCUGGCAGACACCGGUUGCUUCUCUUUUCCAUCCGAAACGACGCUGAUGCCCGACGAGAGGGUAGAGGGACACGCUCGCGCCUACUCGCCCUUUUAGUUAUCUGUCCGCUGGUGCGUGAUGCGGAUCCGGUGCGGUCUUGCGGAUACCUUUAAGUGAACAUACGCCGAACGGUGUGCGGAAAUAUAGCACGUGCGGUAUCGUGACACGAUGAGGUGAUAAUCUGUGUUGUGCCAGCGCGGGAUCUCGGAGCGACUUUGGAAGCACGGGUCGAUCGCAGGUGACGAUGUGGACGAUUUUAUUGCUGCUGGUCUCCGCAUGGUCUUCGUCAUGGGGCCAGGUGAUAAACAGGGCGCCCCACUUUAUUCACGGUGGAGACAUGGCCAGGUUGGCCGUGUUGGAGGGCACACCACCUGGUGCUCCCGUUUACACUCUUCAGGGAGAGGAUCCUGAGGGAUCCAAAUUGCAUUACUCUAUUAGCGGCGAGUACUUUACCGUAAACAGAGAGACCGGUGUCGUAAUUUUAAGGAAAACCUUGGACAGAGAAGCCCAAGAUCUUAUCGAAGUCAUCAUUAGCAUAACAGACGAAGGCAUCGCCGGAUCGGAACCCAAUACAGUGUCCCUUCGUCGCGAAAUAGCUGUGCUUGACGAAAAUGAUAAUCCACCGGUUUAUCAUGACCGGCCAUACGCGGCCAGAGUGCCAGAAAGUGCGCACGUGGGUGACUUAUUACUUCCUGCGGGAACGAUCACGAUCACCGAUCGAGACGGUGGAGUGAACGCCGACGUUCACGUGCAGUGUGUCGCGGCGUCCCGCGAUGACGAUGUCUGUGAAGUUUUUGACAUCUCCACGGAGAAGCUUGCUGAGGGAAAAUAUGACGUGCAAAUCACGCUGGCGAAACCGUUAGACUACGAGAGAAGAAAUUCGUACUUGAUUAAUCUGCUGGCUAUCGACGGAGCCAGCGAUCCAUCGAAGCGGUUGCAGGCCAGAGCGACCGUUGCCGUUGAUGUCCUCGAUGUUCAGGAUCAGCCACCCGUUUUCUUGAAUGCGCCUUACAGCGCAGCACUUCCGGAGAACACCGCAGCUAGUCACACGGUCCUGAUAGUGCGAGCGCGUGACGGUGACACCGGCCAGCCUCGAAAUUUGUUGUUGACGUUGGAGGAUGAAGAUGCCGGCCACUUCGAUCUCGAGAUGUCUCGCGAGGGUGACGUCACAGUCGGUAAACUGAUCACGACCAAUGUGUCUCUCGAUCGCGAGGAUCCAAGGAUCCUGCAAAACGGUGGCAUUUACACCUUCCAAAUUAGAGCUAUCGAGCUGAUCAAUAACGAGAUACCAGCCGACUUUGCAACGUCGAUAGUCACGAUUGUCGUCAAGGACGUGGAUGACCUUGCGCCUGUUUUCAACGAAGAUUACUUCAGCAUCAAGAUCUCCGAGGACAUCGGAAAAGAUACUCCUCUGCCAGGUUUGAACAUGAUUGUGAGCGAUGGUGACGUGGGCGACAAUGCGAAAUAUUUCCUGGCGUUACGCGACGUACCGAGGUAUCCAGGAAUCAGCAAGGCAUUCACUGUCAGCCCGGAAGAAGCUCAGGGUCGAGUACCGGUAGUAAUCAAGGCUAAGGACGUCAAUGUUCUCGACUACGACGUUGAUAAUCCCGCAAAGAGAGAACUCGAAUUCGAUGUCAUCGCGAUUGUGGCGAACAAAGUGAUGGCUGCGUCCAGAGUACACAUUCAGCUGUUGGACGCCAAUGAUCACAGUCCCGAGUUCUCUCAAUCGGUGUACAAACUGUCGGUCUCGGAAGACGCAGAACCCGGCACUAGCUUCGGCAACAUUUUCGCGAAGGAUUACGACAGCGGUUCCUUCGGCAAGCUAACGUACACGCUGCGAGGUUUCGGCGCGGACAAGUUCAGAACCGACCCGCAAAUGGGUGGAGUAUUUGUGGCAAAGCAACUGGAUUACGAAACGCAGAAGUCCUACUCGUUGACGAUGGAGGCGAAGGACGGUGGUGGUCGAGUGUCCGCCGUCAAUAUUGUCAUCGAACUCAAUGAUGUGAACGACAACAAGCCGGUAUUCGAGCAAGCGGAGUAUUCUAGGACGGUUCGUGAAGAUGCUACCAGCUUCGAUCCGCAAAUGUUUGUCAGGGCGACCGACGUCGACGGGUCGACGCAAGGCAAUGGAAAAAUUGUGUACUCAAUUGACCGGCAUAAUAGUAUGACAAACGACGUCUUCAGGAUCCAUCCAGAUUCAGGUGAGGUAACCAUGUCGAAGCCGGUUCGUUCCGGCGACACUGAAAGAGGCAUUUAUGAGUUAAUAAUCCGUGCGAUGGAUGCCGGCACACCGCCGUUGUAUUCCGAGGCGAAACUUUAUGUUCGCGUGGGAGUCCCCGGAAAUCAGAAACCCAUCUUCCGAGGAAAUUACAAGUCAAACUUACCAGGUCCCAGUACUUAUCGGGCAAGACUCUUGGAGAACGCGUCUCCGGGAACGGAAGUUAUUCGAGUGAUCGCCAAUGAUCCCGAUGGAAGAGACAACCUGCUACAGUAUUACAUAGCGUCUGGUUCUAAGGAUAAUUUUGUUAUUGAUUCCAGUUCUGGCAUUAUAACUGUGUCUCCUGACGCUCGCUUGGAUCUGGAGACUGGCGGUGAAAAAUACGAAGUAAUCGUAUACGCCGUUGAUUCUGGUACACCUGUCAAAGAAACUGCCACUACUACUGUUACAGUAAACAUUAUAGAUGUAAAUAAUAAGCCGCCGAAGUUUAAUGAAUCGACGUAUCUAGUUUACGUCUCGGAACGCGCAGCUAUAGGUGAACCCGUGUUAAGAACAAUAGCGACUGAUCUCGACGCAGAUGCCUAUUUAGAAUAUUCGUUAGUGGAACCGAUAAGAGCUCUUGAUAAGACCGGUGUGGCUUUAAAAAGCUCCACCUCUUACGAUUGGAAAAUGGCAUUUCGAAUAAAUUCUACAACCGGUUUAAUAACAGUGAAUCGGAUGUUAGAUUAUCAAGUGGCCGCUGUCGUAAUACUAACAGUUCAGGUGCGGGAUUUAAAUGCCAUCGUCGAUAGGGACGAACAGAUAGCAAAGGUGGAGGUGACCAUCUACAUCCAAGCUUACAGCGAUGAUAAUCCGACGUUCACCAAUCCCGGAUGGUCACCAAACAAUCCGACGAUAAAGCUCACGGUUCCGGAGGAACAGCCCCUAGGCUCAACGUUGUUGCUGUUAUCAGCGAAAGAGCCGACAACGGGAGAUCCAGUUAAGAGAUUUGAAUUGGUGAGAGACGAUGAUGACGAGAGCUAUGUUAAUGUAGGCAUCCAAAGUGGCAGUGUAGUACUAAACAAGAGAUUGGAUUACGAAGAGCUAAAUCAGAAGCUUAUUCGCUUCAAAGUUCGAGCGCUCGCCAGAGACUACGAUAUAACACGAAAGAUGUCGGAAGCUAAUGUGAUCGUCGAGAUUCAGGAUACUAACGAUAACAGUCCAGUUUUCAAUCAGCAGGAUUACAAGAUUUCUGUGUUAGAGUCAAUAAAACCGGCAAUGGUCGUACUAAACGUGAAGGCGAUAGAUAUGGAUAGUUCCAGCACCGAGCAAGAAGUCAGAAGGGGAUACGGAGAAGUGAGAUAUUCCUUGACAGGCGGGAACGCUAAUCUUUUUGAAGUGGACCCCAUAAUGGGCAACAUCCAGAUCGCCGCAAACACGACUUUGGACAGAGAGAGACAAUCGGUCCUGCGUUUCAAUGUCGUGGCGUCAGAUAUGCCUCAAGGUGGUGCCGAGCAACAAAGCAGCCGAGUCUCGGUGACGGUCGAUGUUCUCGAUGUUAAUGAUAACGCUCCUAGCUUUGGACACGAAUCUUACACCGCGGUGAUUCCGGAAAACGCACCGGUGGGAAUCAGCGUGGUGAACAUUACGGCUACCGAUCCAGACGAAGGUGAAGGCGGUACGAUACACUUCGAAAUUAUCGACGAAGGCGAAGCUAAUGGAUUGUUCAAAAUAAACCACAGAUCGGGCGAAAUUAGCUCAGCGCGAGCAUUGACUGGCAAAGGAAGAACCGAACCGUACAACAUGCGAGUGCGGGCGCAAGACGGCGGUGAACCGACUUUGUAUUCGGAUGUGAGUCUCAUCUUGUAUAUCGGCGACGUGGUGAGCAACGACGGCGUACCGCUGUUCAUCAGGCCGACGUUGGAAGAAGUAGCCUACAUUGCUGAGAAUUCCACUGUCGGCAGUCCAGUUUUCCAAGUGGUGGCGUCCGAUCCGGACGACCCAAAUUUACCGAACGGCCAGAUUACCUUCCGCUUCCUGGAGGAUGGCAAUUUUGGCAAAGACGCGAGCGCGUUCAGGAUCAAUAGCGAGACUGGGCUCAUCAGUACACGCAAGUUACUUGAUCGCGAGACCAAGGACAGCUAUACGCUGAUCUUGGUCGCGCAGGAUCUCGGUGAGCCGCCGCAGCAGGCGACCAGAGUGCUCCAGGUGAUUGUGAAUGACAUCGACGAUCACAAGCCGCACUUUAAGCGCAACCUGGAUAGUCCAUCGAUUGAAUUGAAUAUCCCGGAAGAGAUGCCAGUGGGCUCCAAGGUCGGCGUGAUCGAGGCGAUCGACGAGGACAUCGGCGAGAACGGGAUGAUCGACUAUGAGAUCGUGUACGGAAAUGAGGCGAGGUUGUUUGUGGUAGAGCGACUUGAAAACAACUCCGCCGUCAUCAAGACAAACGGUCGUCUCGAUCGGGAAACCACAGAGUCUCAUUUGUUGACUAUCAAGUGUUUCAAGUAUUCUUUCAAGAAAUUAGACGUAAUACCGAAACCGUACAACCGACAGGACCCUUCGGAGAGGCAGGUCCUUAUCAGAGUUUUGGACAUCGACGACAAUAAGCCUCGCUUCAAGAAGGACAACGUGACUCUGGGAGUUCGCUUGAAUGUGCCCAUCGACACCAGCUUGAUCACCCUAGAAGCGUCCGACGCCGACUCCAGCGCGCUGUCUAUUAAUUAUAAUAUGAGCAAGGUGUCUUUCACGUCACUGGUUGAUCCUUCCAUGUCGCAGAAAGAAAUUCCGUCGCAGUUGUCUUUGAAUGCGCGCACCGGCGAGUUCAGGACGACCGGCUCCAUGGCGGGAUACGCGGACGGCUUUAUGGAGAUGAUUGUCACGGCGAACAACUCAGCGAUGCCGGGACGAGAGACCAACAUCACCCUGCGGAUCUUCCUGCUGCGCGACCGCGACAUGCUGAAGUUCGUAUUCUCGAAGCCGCCUGGCGAAGUCAGAAAGACGCUGGAGGACUUCGAGAAAGCGGUCCAGCAGGCGCUCUCGCUGCCAAUCAGCGUGAAUGUCUACGAUACGCAGUUUUACUCGAAGGAGGACAACUCCCUGGAUUUCUCAUCGACCAGCUCGUGUUUCCAAAUGGUCGGCAAGGAGUCCUACGAUCUGGACGAGAUGCGGGCGCUGCUGACCGAUCCGAAGAAUGAGGAGUUGAAGAAGGUGUACAGGACGUAUCACGUGGAGAAGGUACAGCAUUGCGCCGCUAUAGUCGCGCGGGCCGAUGCCUCCAUGACGCAGAUGUGGGUUCUGGCUAUCGCGGUUCUCGUCGGGAUCGCUACCAUAAUCUCUAGUUGUACUCUGUGUUGCAUGCACGCGAAGUACAAACGCCAAGUAAAGCACGCGCGUUUGCGUGAUCAACCGCGACCGCCUCUCAGUUACGUAUCUUCCGGUCCGGCCAUGGUCAGCUCUGGAUCUCAUACAACUUUAGGACCAGGUACUAUGGUCACGUUGGGCCCGCACGAAGGCCCAUAUGAGUGGGGUGCCGACACGACGCUUUAUCAUCCAAGUACUUUAGGAUCGAGAACCUAGAGAUUCAAAGAGAUAUUGAGAGUGUUCUUACAAAUGACAUUGAUUUUUUUUUUUUAGAUAAAAUUUUUAAUUAAACAUGAAUACAUUAUUUGGUGAUUCAGCAAGAAAAUUUCUUAAUAUAUUAGGUCCUUGAAUAAGUUCUCGCUGUUUCUUAAAAGAUGGC